GUUCUCGUCACGCGCGCGAGAGAGGAACUACCAUUAAUCACACAAACACACGGAUAGAGGCGCACCACACAUUCGGUGGGGGUGCUGGAAAAGCGUUUUCCCCAAGAUUUUUCCACACUGCUUUUCUGUAUUCCUCUGUUCGGUCUUUCGACGCUUUUCACCUGCUAUCAUCAUUUAUGGCACCUUUUUUGCCGAAUGGAUUCUGUCUAGUCUGAUGGUGUCUUCGGGGAAAUCGGUUCGAACUCCGUGGUCCGUGUCAGCAAUUGAGUGAAAAAUUUCUCCCCCUAACCCCUUUGGAGGACAUUGGUUUUCCACGCGUGAAAAGUGCCCAGUGCGUCAGUCUACAAGUGUUUUCCCAAAAUUUUCACUACGAUUUGCUCUCUUUGCUCCUGGCGUUACUGGAACCAGCAAUAGACUCACUUUCUAGAAGAAAAAUGUAGAUUUGGUGUAAUUUGUAGUGUGUGCGCCAAAGUUGAAAGGAAUUUCAAGAGUUCAAAAGCGAUUGCAGUGUAAAAUUUAAUGUACACACACAAUGGAGGACCCAGGUCAUGAAGGUUGAUCCAACGGGAGCGCAGGCAGCAGAAGGCAGGCACAUUAUGGCGAGCAGCAAUUUUCAGCGCUAAUCGAGCAUCGCAAAGAAUUUCCGCACAUUUCGCGGUGUAAUUGCUUUGCAAACGCUGCGCUUCGAGAGAAGUUGUCGUCAUCGAGUUCGAGUCGUGGGCGUAAACCAGCGCCGCAACAAAAAAAAAGUGUGCCCUUUCCUUCAAGGGUGUCCCCGCAGCAAGAAGAUCCACUGCUGGUGACUACAGCGCACGGAAUGAUCUGGCAAAGGAUUGAAGGAAAGGAGCAAAUUACAGCAGCACAGCCAGUAGCUGGUUCAACGGAAUUGACACCAUAGCGGGGACAUCGUCACGUCCAGCCGAGCCUCCCGCCGAGGAAGAAUGGUAACGAUGACCACGGAGAUCGAUAAAGAGAAGGCAAUAUUACUGAGCGUCCCGCGCAAGAUGGCGUCCACCGAGAAAGACAAGGACAAGGACCGGGAAAAGGACAAGGACAAGAUCGUCAGCAUUGUGGCCAACAGCAACAGCAGUGCCGGUAGUUCCGGCAGUGCCGUUCCUAGCGGAAGUCGUCCCAGCCAGCAGUCACACAGCGGGCAGGUCGUCAUGAACCAGGACGCGCCGAACAUUCUAGUGUAUAAGAAGAUGGAAUCGAUAGUCGAACGCAUGCAGAGCGAGGAAGCUGGCGUUUCGGUGCGCACCAUCAAAGCUUUCAUGAGCAAAGUACCGUCCGUAUUUACCGGGGCCGAUUUGAUUGCGUGGAUUAUGAAGAACUUGGGCAUCGACGACGUAGCGGAAGCACUUCACCUGGCCCAUCUGCUGGCGUCCCAUGGGUACCUGUUUCCGAUCGACGACCACCAGCUGACGGUGAAGAACGACGGGACGUUCUACCGCUUCCAGACGCCGUACUUUUGGCCUUCAAACUGUUGGGAACCGGAAAACACGGACUACGCGGUCUACCUGUGCAAGCGAACGAUGCAAAACAAGACCCGGCUCGAGUUGGCCGAUUACGAGGCGGAAAAUUUAGCCAAACUUCAGAAGAUGUUCUCCCGAAAGUGGGAGUUCAUCUUCAUGCAGGCCGAAGCUCAAAGUAAGGUUGACAAAAAGCGCGACAAGCUGGAACGAAAGGUGCUCGACUCGCAGGAGCGUGCCUUCUGGGACGUCCACAGGCCCAUGCCAGGUUGUGUCAAUACUACCGAGGUCGAUAUUAAGAAGGCAUACCGCCGGGGCGCGUCCACCCAUGGCUCGGGCUCGUCCGGGGCGGCCGUCAAUAGCAAUCCAAUCGAGCAACUCACUCGGCAAAUCAAACUCUUAAAACUCAAGCUAGAACGUAGAACCAUCAAGAUCUCCAAAGUAGCCGAAUCUUACAUCUCAUACUUUGAACAGUACCACGAGUACGAUUACUUUCUCACCCCUCCAGAUCAGCCAAACCCUUGGGUAACGGACAAUAUCGAAAUGUGGGAUACCGAUCGAACUGCCAAAGACGUAUCCCUGAAACGAGUGAAACGAUGGGGCUUUAGCUUGCGCGAGCUCCUGAUUGACCCGGUCGGGCGGGAACAAUUCUCCAAGUUCCUGGACAAGGAGUUCAGCGGGGAAAAUUUGAAAUUCUGGGAGUCGGUCCAGAGCAUGAAGGCCCAGCCCCAGUCGAAGGUGAAGGAGGCCGCGCACGCAAUAUAUCUGGAGUUUCUCGCCGCGGAUGCGGCCUGUCCGGUGAACGUGGACUCCAAGUCGAUGGAGCUGGCCCGGCUGGCGGUCAGCAGUGAGUCGCCACCAAAUCGGUGGUGCUUCGACGUGGCCGCCGCCCACGUGUACCACCUGAUGAAGAGUGACUCUUACUCGCGGUACCUUCGGUCCGACAUGUACAAGGAAUAUCUCAACGGGUCCAAGAAGAAGAUCAAAUCCAUACCAAAUCUGUUUGGCGUGAAACGUUAAGGGGAGGGAAUUGCACUACAGUUGGCACGAUUGGACAACGGAUUAGCAGAUAUUUUAGCGCGAUAAUUGACGGCAAGCAAUGUGUAGGGGAUCCACGAAAGCGAACGUUUUUAAUCAGGUUAUACCAAAAACACAAAAGAACAAAUGCCCAUUGAAUUGAACUGUAGAUUUAUUAGUCGCUAAGAAAAGCAAGUUAAGACAUUGUGGAAAAUCAAAUCCAAAUCAUGGAAAAAACAAAAGGAAUUGUUGAAAUAUAUUUCAAAGUUAGUGUGAUUUGUCAGAGAAAGCUCUGGCAUGAGACAUGUAAUACAAUUAUCCACGAUAAUAUUAUUCUGAAGAAAUGAGAAAAAUAAAGAAGACAUAUGCGUACGUGCCGAUACAUGUACUGUCGCAAAUAGACGAACAAGCAUCCAAUGAAAAUAGAAAUAUUGUAAGAAAUCUGGAAAGAAAUAUAUACUACAUAUUUAGGUGACACAAUGUCA